AUGGCGGAGCUCCUCCGGCACCCCACCACAAUGUGCCAGGCGCAGCGCAAGAUCGAUGCCAUGGUGGGGCGUGACAGGGUUGUGGAGGAGAGCAAUCUCCCAAGGCUGAAUUUCCUGCACGCCAUCGUCAAGGAGACGCUGCAAUUGCAUCCGCCAUCGCCAGGAUGCCAAUUCGUGGGAGAGGGCGCUGGAUUUCUGGCCGGAGUGAUUCGAGGAGGGCGCAAAGAAGGGCGUGGAUGUGAGGGGCCAGAAUUUCGAGCUCAUCCCCUUUGGAUCCGGGUGGAGGAUCUGCCCAGGGAUGGGGAUGGGACUCCGGAUGGUGCAGUGUGUGCUGGCGAGGCUGCUGCAAGGAUUCAAUUGGGAGAAAGUGGGAGAGUUGGGAGUUUCAACAGGGAUCCGCACGUUAAGAUCUACAUUCGACCCCGCAAAGACGUGUGA